CAGUACUCGAUGCAUUCAAAAUUAGUGACAAAUUUAUACGGUUGGUCAGUUUAUAAUCAAGCGAACGCAGUUGCCGAAGCGUCCAGUUGCCUCACAGCUAGUGGGCUGGGUGGGCGUUUUGGCACCGGUUCCGGAUUCGGUUGCGAUUUCGUUGACAUUAUAUACAUAUAUAUAUUGAACACUGUUUAUUUGUUGUUUUCGUCCGUUGCGUGCGAGUCAAGAAACGAGUUGAGUUUCGAAGUCUCCAGUUGCUUUUGGGUCGUGACAUUGAAUUAUAAUAAUUAGCACAGAGGUAGAUACAGCUAGUCUAAACGCCGAGCAAGGGGAAAAAUUGCUGGAAUUUAGAAAUAAACAAAAGCGCAUGAGUUAAAGGAAAAUUUCAGCUCACAAAAAUAAAACAUGUCAAUGGUAUCGGCACCGCCUGCCACCAACGCGAGUGCUGCCACAAUUAACCAAUUGCUUGGCGCUCAACGUGAUUCGUUGGCCAUUGUCAUACCGGUCACUGUGGUCUACGUCCUGAUCUUUCUCACCGGCGUUGUGGGCAACAUCAGCACCUGCAUUGUGAUCAAGAAGAAUCGCUCAAUGCACACGGCCACCAAUUACUAUCUGUUCUCUCUAGCCAUAUCGGAUUUUAUGCUGCUGCUGUCGGGUGUGCCGCCAGAAAUGUAUUUCAUCUGGUCCAAGUAUCCGUAUAUCUUUGGCGAGCACUUCUGCAUCGGACGCGGCCUCCUGGCCGAGACAUCGGCAAAUGCGACAGUGUUGACCAUAACGGCAUUCACCGUGGAACGCUACAUGGCCAUUUGUCAUCCGUUCUUGGGCCAGGCAAUGAGCAAACUGAGCCGCGCCAUCCGCAUCAUAAUCCUCAUCUGGGUGCUUGCCGUGGUUACGGCCAUACCGCAAGCAGCACAAUUUGGCAUCGAUAACUAUGCGGGUGUCGACAAAUGUGUCGUGGUCCGCGUGAUCGUGCAGCACUCGUUCCAGCUCUCGACGUUCAUCUUCUUUUUUGCACCCAUGUCCAUCAUUCUGGUGCUGUAUCUGUGCAUUGGCAUCCAUCUGUACCGCUCGACCAUAAUUGGUGGACUCGGGUCACCAGCUGUCAUGGCCGAUAGACGUCAAUCACAGCCAAUAAAGUCGGUGCACAGCGAUACGAUACUCUAUCGCUAUGCAGGCUCCGGUUCGAUUUCGACCAAAAAUGCGGGGCCUCAGCUGAGCUCGGUGCGUGGACGCCUCAACCAUUAUGGCACGCGUCGUGUGCUGCGAAUGCUGGUGGCCGUCGUCAUCUGUUUCUUUCUGUGCUGGGCACCAUUCCACGCUCAGCGUCUGAUUGCCAUUUAUGCGCCAGCCACUGGCGCCCAGUUGAAUGAGCAGCAUGAGUUCCUCUACACCGUGAUGACCUACAUCUCCGGUGUGCUUUACUAUCUAUCCACCUGCAUCAAUCCACUGCUCUACAACAUAAUGAGCAACAAGUUUCGCGAGGCCUUCAAAGCCGUGCUGCUGGGCAAGAAGUACUCAAAGGGAUCGCUGAACUCGAGACAUCAGCUGGAGUCGCGACGCUUGCGCCGCAACACAACCCUCAACUCAUCGACACAAACGCAACGCGAGUCUAUUGAGACGAAGCCGACAUUAAUGCAGACGGCGCUGAAUGAACGACUGCUGCAGUCAAACUCAGAACUAGUUUCGUAAUUUGCAAUGAACAAUGCGCUAAUUGCUGCUAUUUUGUUAUAUUCUUUCCAUCGAUAUUUAUCACUUGUUGUUUUCUGCAGUUUUCUGCUAACUAACUGUUGUAAACUAAUUUUAAUAUAUAAUAACUACAAUCGAGUUUAUGUUAAUUUUGUUAUAAUUAGUACAAGUUGGUAUUUUAUAUUAGUUGCAUCGAAUGUUGUCGUAAUUAAUUUAUAAUGAAAUCGAGCUUUAUACAUUUAUUGAUUUUUAAAAUGUCGAGUCAAUGCUAUAAUUCCUAAUAUGUUUUUUAAGUAACAAGUACAAUGUACUUGCCUAACUAGUCCAUUGUUUGUAUUAUCUUAAAUAUUUUAUGGAAAUAUAUAUUGAAAAUA